AUGUUAAACGUCAUAUUUGCUAUUUUGAUCUCAAAUUUGUUGAGUGGAGUCCAUGGAAGAUCAAUUCCUAAGCGCGAACAAAUAGUUGCAACUAUUAAGGAUAAAAAGGGACAAGUUUAUGACUGUGUUGAUUUUUACGACCAACCAACAUUUACACAUCCUUCAUUCAAGAAUAUAAGUGAGACUGCGGUGGUUCGAACUAAAACUGAUCCAAACACGAAGUUUCUUGGAGGAGAAGGUUCACCAAGUCUUUACAAACCAGCUGCGGAUGGUAAUGGAGAAUGGUCAAGCGCUAGGAUGAAACUUCAAAAUGGACCUGAUAGCAUCGAAGUUGGAUGGAUGGUAAAUCCUACGUUCUUUAAUGACAAGGAAGCUCACCUCUAUGUACGGUUCACUGCUGGACAAACUAGUUGCAUCAACACACAAUGCCCGGGCUUUGUUCAUGUGGGUACUGAGCACGAAGAUGACGGUAAUUGGUGGGUAUCAAUGGACAAUGACAAGUACGGAAUCAGAUAUUGGCCGAAAACCUUAUUCACGGGAUUAGCCGAUGUAGCGACUGAAGUUGAAUGGGGAGGAGAAGUUAGCGUUGAUCCUGAAGCGAAAACUAUUCCUGAGAUGGGCAAUGGAAAAUUCCCAUUAUAUGACACUAAAUCUUCAUCGUAUAUGCUACAUGUGACUGUUGUUGAUGAAACCCGUCAUAACGUCAACCCAACAAACACCGAGAAGUUUAAAACUAGUAAAGAAGUUUAUAAUGUUAUUGAUGCUGGAUAUCAGGGUGACUAUUUUGGGCACUUGAUUCUUUUCAGUGGCCCAGCAACACCAAGUGUUUGGGCUCCCAAUUGA